CCUGGGACCAACUUCCCUAAGCGGGGAGCCCUGCGGGGGGCGGGUGUGGGGGGAGCAAAAGACCGACGGCCUCAGCCCCUCCAAAGAACCAGGAGAUGACGGGGAAAGCGGGGGAAGCGCUGAGCAAGCCCAAAUCUGAGGCAGUGGCCAAGAGUACCUCGGGGGGCGCCCCGGCCAGGUGCACAGGGUUCGGCAUCCAGGAGAUCCUGGGCUUGAACAAGGAGCCUCCCAGCUCCCACCCACGCGCUGCCCUCGACGGCCUGGCCCCCGGGCACCUGCUGACGGCGCGCUCAACCACCAGGCAGCUGCAGUGGCCGCCACCCAAUCCUACGAGCGCCACAGUGAAUCGGAUCCCGGCGCUUCGCAGGCUUCCGGCCCCUGAUGACCUGGCCACGGACUCCCCGGACACUUUCUUGGAGAUGUGUCCUGGACCUCUCGGCUCAUCGAUUCUUGUCCGCUCUCGGCAACACCCCAAUUUUUCGUUUCUUUUCAUUAUUAUUGUUUUCAUUUGGAAGGGCAACGAAAAUUGGAGCGUCGCAGGCUCCGGGGCCUCCAGCGGGAGCGCAUUGUAUGGGCACCGCGAAAAGGACCGUGGCCCGGCAGCUCCUCGCCCUUUCCGAAGCCCAGUUCCCCCCGACAGGGCUUCUUCUCCCCUUGGGACCAACCUCCGGGCCAGGGACGCCGGGACUGCAGGCUCAGGGGGCCACCGCGGUUGGGGCCAGGACGGGCUGCGGGAUGGGGUCGGCCGCCAGGGUUCCGGGGGCGCUUGCGGGGAGACCGAAAGGCAGUGCCGCUCGGGGAGGCGCAGUGGAGCGCGAUCCCCAUUCUGCCGCUGUCCCUCCGCCCGCUUUUCAGAUUCUGAAGAUGUUUCCUCCAGUGACCGAAAAAUGUCCAAAUCGGCUCUAAACCAAACCAAGAAACGGAAGAAGCGGCGACACAGGACAAUCUUUACUUCCUACCAGCUAGAGGAGCUGGAGAAGGCUUUCAAUGAGGCCCACUACCCAGAUGUCUAUGCCCGGGAAAUGCUAGCCAUGAAAACGGAGCUGCCAGAAGACAGAAUACAGGUCUGGUUCCAGAACCGCAGGGCCAAGUGGAGAAAGCGAGAGAAGUGCUGGGGCCGGAGCAGCGUCAUGGCCGAGUAUGGGCUCUAUGGGGCCAUGGUGCGGCACUCCAUCCCCCUGCCCGAGUCCAUCCUCAAGUCUGCCAAGGACGGCAUCAUGGACUCCUGUGCCCCGUGGCUACUGGUUCAAGAUGGCUUUCCCAGGCGCUUUUCUAAACCCGAAUACCAACAAUUCUUUUUAGGGAUGCACAAAAAGUCGCUGGAGGCAGCAGCUGAGUCGGGGAGGAAGCCCGAGAUGGAACACCAGGCCCUGCCCAAGCUCGACAAGAUGGAGCAGGAGGAGCAGGGCCCCGAUGAGCAGGCAGCCAUCUCUCAGGAGGAACUGAGGGAGAACAGCAUCGCGGCGCUUCGAGCCAAAGCUCAGGAGCACAGCACCAAAGUGCUGGGGACUGUGUCUGGGCCAGACAGCCAGGCUCGGCAUCCCGAGAAGCCAGAGACGGCGGCCAAGGACGAAGACAGGCCGCCUGAGAAGCUGAGUCCGUCGAAGCCCAAAGACAUGGCUUAGUGGCCAAGGGCCACUCAGACACCAGAGCCCAAGACUCUGCUUCUCCCAGGAGGGAGGUUCUCUCUGGGGCGGGGCCAGGCAUGGCCUUGGCCACCCUCCCUCUGCCCCACAGGCCCUCCAUGACCCCCGCCGACUCCAGGCACAGGUCAGUUCUGGCUGUGCUCUUGGACGAUAACGAGGCAUCCUGGACCCAGUCUUGACGCUGCAGCUUCCUCCUCCUCAUCCCGGCAUCCCUGCCUCUGAAGCCUUGCUGCCGCAGCCAUCCCUGUGAGCCCCUGGGGCUCAGUCCCUUGGCAACCCUUGCUGUCCAAGUCCUCCCCUUCCUCUCUGUUCCCUGGCUCUAAAGAGGCCUCCUUCCUAGCUCGGAACCCCUGUGGAUUCUGCUUAGCCCAUGCCUAAGGCUUGUUGCUGCAAACACAUGCCAGCAGCAGCUGUGACACAGGGAGGACCUGCAUUCCAGCUCCAGUGUCCUGAGCUCCCCAGUCCUCAGCAAGUCUUCUCCCCUCAUCCUGUUCCCACCUGUGACCCGCGCGGGCUUCUGCUGUGUGAAUAUGCUGUUCUGCAGGCCCCAUGUGCACCCUCUGCUUCCUCUGUCCACCCCAUGGGAGUCCAGGCUAAACAGGAAAAGCCUCAGCCUGGGCCCCUGGGCCUGUGUUCUGAAACAUUCCAACUCCCCAUAUGCUGCCUGUGACCUUGACUUGCUCUGCAAGGGACCCUUCCCCUUGAGCUUCUUGCGAUCUCCUGGUUCGCCUGUGCCCUGAUUGGAGAAACUUAUGCAGCUAGAAAGCCUCAGACCCAGCCUCAACUUAACCCAGGCUAAGAAA